AUGUCAACCCCGGAGCGUAUGGGCAUCGACUCCGGUCGCCGCAACCGGAUCCCGAGGCAGCUGACAGAAGAGGAGCGCGCGCGCCUGGACGAAUUCCUCGACGGCAUACAUUAUUCCACUAGAUACUCCGACAGCGAAUACGAGUACCGCCACGUCCAACUGCCCAAGGCCAUGCUCAAGGCGAUUCCUAGCGACUAUCACGACAAGGCGAAGGGCACAUUGAAACUUCUCUGGGAGGAUGAAUGGCGGGGCAUGGGGAUCACACAGGUAUGCACUGCGAUGUUGCAAACUGGCUGGCGGGAUGCUGAUUACAUUACAGAGCCUUGGUUGGGAACACUAUGA